GGCCCAUCUCUCUCUCUCUCUCACUCUCUCUCUUAAGCGGCAUCCACGACGAGAGACGCUGGUGGAGGCGCCGCUUCGUUUCUCCUCCCACCGCUCUGCAAGCUCGGAAUCCAGAUUAGCGCCUCGGGAAACCCUAGAUGUUUGGAUUCUAGGAUCUACGUGAAGAUUCGGGGGUUCGAAAUCCGUCGGAGUCGCUGUUUACUGCGAUAACCGUCACCAAGUCACGACAAGAUUAAUCAGAUGAUGGUUAUUGAUGAGCAUGAUGAUAAUUCCUUACAAGAGGAUGAGAGAGCAAUUGGAAUCGACAUAAAUGAAGGAAAUGCAGCAGAGGCUCUAACUAGAAUAGAGCUUGAUGUUGCAUAUUCUUCAGAGAAGCUACUUAAUUUGGAAAUACUUUUGAUGCUGGUAGCUGAUAGAGUCAAUGAUUUUGAAUCAUGGAAGAUGGAGCAUGGGGACAUCCUAGCUGAGUCUGUUAAGAAGUUUUUUGAAUCUGAUAUAUUGUGUGGAAUUUUAUGCACUGAGGUGAAAGAACUGCAAAGCUUCAUGUCCUUUCUACAAACUGAAAUCAUGGAGACAUGCCAAAAUCUUUUUGAUGGUGAAAACUUCGAAGCAAUUGCUUCUGAAGUAGGCAAAAAAUUGCUUGAUGCUGAAAAAUCUGUCAGGAAGUUACAAGAUUCAAUUGCCGAUAUACAAAAACAGUCAUUGAAGUUUGAAAGCAUUCUAGCUUUGUGUCAUGUUGAAGCUAGGUUGGAUGAAAAUCAGAAGUUUGAUAAUGGUCAUUUGUCAUCCAUUGGCACUGUUGAUCAACAAUGGAGUGUCUUAAAAAUGUUGGACGAAUCAUUGGCACGAGAACUUGAUCUUGAAAACAAGCUUUCAGACACAAGGUCAAAUGAGAAGGAUCUUAAGCUACAGUUGCUUUAUGCAGAAGCAGAACUUGACUUCAUUAAAGAAUCAAUUGAAAUACAUUUGGAGAGAGCACUUGAGGCUGAAAAUACUGCUGAAGUUCUUUUGGCUAUUUCAAAAGAAUUUGCCGGUAGACUUCAGGUUGUUCAAUUUUGUUUAAAUAGUUCACUUAGACGAGAGAAUGAGCUGAAGUCUCAUUUCAAUGUACAUGCUGAAGAAUCUAUGAAGGCGAGCACAGGGACCAUUCCAGAAAUCAUCUCCCUGAAGGAAAAGGUGAAAACACUUGAGGAGCAGCUUAGACAGUCUCAUGCCCAGAUGCAGCUGGCAGCGGCCUCAGUUGAAUCAAGUCAUAAGCAACAAUGUUAUUUGCAGUCUGAACUGGGUCAAAAGGAAAAUGUAAUCAACGAUCUCAGAGCUGAUGUUUUGAGAACUGAAAACAGAGUUGAAAGUGCUGAAGGUAAGUAUGUCGAACUGCAAGGCAUCAACAUCAAAUUGAAUGAGGAGCCUGUCUUGCUGCAAAAAAUCAAUUCCGAGAGAACAAACCUUUCACGGUCUAGUGAAUCAGAUAUGCAACUGGAGCAUGCAAGGGCAUCUGUUGAAGCACUUAAAGAGAAGCAAAGUGGAUUGUAUGAUACUAUCGAUGAUAUGGGAAUUGUGAUUGAGGAGCUCAAAAUAAAGGUUUCAAAAGCAGAAAGUAGGGCUGAGAAUGCUGAAUCUAAGUGCACUUUGUUAACUGAAACAAAUUUAGAACUAAAUGAAGAGCUGGGUUUCCUAAGAGGCAAAUUGGAAUACAUGGAAACAUCCAUGCAUCAAGCUGAGGGUGCAAAAGUUGCCACUGCUAAAGACAUUGGUAUCAGGACAAAACUCAUUGGUGAUCUGGUCAUGAAACUAGAAUUGGAAAGAGAACGUCUUCAGUCAGAGAUAUCUGCCUUGAUAAAAAAGAACAGAGCUUUGAGUGAGAAAUUGAAAAGAAAUUCUUCAAGCUACAAGGGAACCCACAAUGAAACUCUACCUGGCACAAAAUCAUCAGGAGAAAGACCUGCAGAAUCUUUUAGUAGAGACAUUCAGACAGAGAACCUGGCUGCGGGUAUCAGUGAGAAGCAUCUGGUGACCACUCUUUCAGCUGAGGAGAUGGCCUCAGGUUCAGAUUCAAAGAUCGAGACUGUGAGGAACAUCGAAGCAGCUCAACUCGACCCAAAGUAUCUUUGCAUGACUAUCCUCGUCUUGUUUGUGGCUGUCCUUACCUUCUAUGCGUAUCAACAAGAAAGCAAUCCCGUGUACUAACUGGAAGGAGUUCCUAGUCGCCUUGGCUUCUGAUUCAAUAGCAUCCUAUCGACUGAUGAGAUUGUUCCUUAGAUUUUGGUGUUGUGUUGUUGAGUUGGAUCUUGGCCGAAAUUCGUGUAAUGUUUCGGUCAUGUAGAGUUAGUUUAGUAGAAAAUUUUGCAGCUAAGAAAAUGUUAUCAGUAGAUCAGGUAUAAUAAUUUCUAUUUUUGGUUUAUUAUAAAUUGUUAUGUUUGGAUGCUGUUGGAUUGAAAGUUAAAACCUAGAAAAUGUUUUAGGAUUUAA